GCAGUUUACCCAUUUCCACCCGCCGAACGUGCAGUAGUCUCGACGUUCGGAUAGUGAUGGAUACCGAAACGACGCAAUAGUCAUACCUUUCAGAUCACACCGACUCCUGGACAUUCCCAACCGUUAAGAUGGCGUCGACAAGCGACAUUCGCGACAUCAUGAACUUGGGCCAGGCUGGUCCUCGACAGCCUGCGCCCAAGAAGAAGAAGCAUGUCGAACCUCAACCUCGCGUCACCGGAUUCAAGCGCGAAGUCCAAGCACUUAUGGGUGACUCUGUUCCUCCGAUUGCGCUCGUCGAACAACGGUCCUACAAGUCUAGGCCCUCAAUAUCCCAGAAGUUGUUCAAAGCGAGACAUUGGGAGGAGAGACCGUUCCAGCAUGGCGCAAGAAAAGAUGGCUUAGUGUUGAGACAUUGGAAGCGUGCGAUUCCGGGUUCACAGGCACGACUGCCAGCCCUUUCCAGUGUUGACGGUUCCGCGGACGUGGAGAUGACAGACGAUUCGAAGGCUGCCCCCGAUGUGCAGGAUAUACGGUUUGAGGAAGAAUUCCCGUCACACAAGUGGGAUGUCAGAGUGCAGAUGCCAUCAUACACAGACGAGCAGUAUGAGGCACUGCUCAAAUCAGACGACUGGACGAAACAAGAGACAGACUAUUUGAUGGAACUUUGCCGAGAUUACGAUCUUCGAUGGGUCAUUAUCGCUGACCGAUAUGAAACCGGAGAGAUGUCUGCUACCGCAACUCACCAGAAUGGAGAAGUAGCUGGCGACGAAGUCGCUCUCAGACCUGCAUAUCCACCCCGGUCCCUGGAGGCCCUCAAACAACGCUACUAUGCCAUUGCUGCAAAGAUGCUCGAGACGCAAAUACCUGCAAGCAACAUGACCCAAACCGAGUUUCAGUUGUGGGAGAAGAUGCGCAAUUUCGACGCUAAGACAGAGACGAUGCGCAAGGCCAUGGCAGAAAAGUUGUUCGAACGAACCAAGGACGAGGCAGAUGAAGAGCGGACUUUGCUUGAAGAGCUUCAUCGCAUCACGAAGAACGAAGACGAUUUCAUCAGAAUGCGCGCAGAGCUGUACGCAAGACUUGAGCCGGUGGCGCCUAUUCGAAGAAAUGAAAGAGGCGAGGAGCAGCCAACUGCUAUGUAUCAAACGUCUUCAGGCCUUUCGAUGCUCCUACAGACGUUGCUUGCUAAGGAGAAGAGACUGAAGCCUCGUCCUGCGAUUGGCACUGCAGAGUCCGGUGCUGCAUCGGCUACACCCACCGAUGCCCAGAAGCAUGACAAGGGACGACAUCCUAAUCAGUACAGUCGGCGAGAUACUAUGGAUACGCAAGCGGAAGAAGCUGGUCCUCAAAAGAAGGGUUCGACAUCUGUACCCAACGUCCGAAUUCUGACACCCCCGGAAGAGACACGAUUCGGUGUAUCUCAUCCACAAGAAAGACUUACCAGUGGUGUUCAAUUCCGGCAUGAGAAGAUCAAUCGCAUGACAAUGGCCAAAAGUCAAACGCAAACCACUAAAAUCCAAGCCGCUUUGACCGAGUUGGGGAUUCCAUCGCGCCUGCUUAUGCCCACAGAACGCGUAUGCCGCGAGUUUGACAGGUUGGUCAGAGAAAUCAAUAUACUCCUCGAUUCGAGAAAGGUCAAUGAAAAGGUCGCCACCGAGAUCAAGAUCCUGGAAGAAGCAAGGCGCAUCAGGCUAGGCCUGCCCAAGGAAGAAGAGCAACCUGGUCAAGCCCCAGGUGAUGUUACGGAAUACGACUCAUCGCAAUUUGUCGACAGCAAGCUCGAAACUGUGGACGAGAGCUCCAUGGCUGUGCCUGAAGAAGACAAAGAUGCCGAGGGUGAAGACGAUGAGCCCGGAGACGACACCAAUUUGACGAACGGCCGUGAUGAGAGUACCAUGGUUGUUGAUAAGGACGAAGAUGAUGCCGACGCGGAUGAAGAUGCUGAUGAUGCUGGCCCCGCAUCUGCUCGCAGGAAUGACGCAGAGGAGGAUGACGAGGACGAUGACGAGCAAGAAGAGCAGCAGGAACAAGCAGAGGAUGAAGAAGAUGAAGAUCAGAAUGACAAUCUCGAUAUCUCUGUCACGCGCCUCGAUCAAGAGAAUGACGACGAUGAGGAAGAAGACGAGGAAGAAGAAGAUGAGGAUGACGACGACGACCAACCUCAGCUUGGUGUUGAUGAAGAUGAAGAUGCAGAGGAGCGUGAUGAGGACGAAGAUGAAGUCUCACCAGAAGUCAGCGAUGCGGAGGAGGCUGCGGAUGAUGACGAUGAAGAAGAAAAUGGAGAGGCUGAAGCCGAAGUUGAAGAGUCUGAGCAGGAAGAAGAAGCUGAUGCAGAUGAGCAUGAAUCUGCCGUGGAAGCUGAUGAGGACGGCGCCGAAGAGGAGAACGUGAAUGAGCCUGUAGCGCCUGCACCGGCUGCCACUCGUCUGCACAAGCGCUCUGCAAGUGUCAUAUCUGAGGCAAGCCGUGCAGGUAGCAAUCGCAGUGGUCUUGGGAGAAAGAAGAGGAGAUAGGUAGAUAAGUGAAUACUGCAUUUCCUGACGAGCAUGAG